UGGCGCGUGUCCAGCCGGCCUCGCAGAGACAGAGGAGACUCGCCGCGGGACCGCGCCACAGCGGGACGGGGAGCACGACAGCCAUUUUAGCACAGUAGAGAGAAAGAAAUCGGCAGAGAAAUCCGCAGGACGACAUGGGCCAGUGUGGCAUUACUUCCUCGAAGACAGUGCUGGUUUUUCUCAACCUCAUUUUUUGGGCCGCGGCUGGGAUUCUCUGCUAUGUCGGUGCCUACGUCUUCAUCACGUACGACGAUUAUGAGCACUUCUUCGAGGACGUCUACACACUCAUCCCUGCGGUGAUCAUCAUCGCUGUUGGGACACUCCUGUUUGUCAUUGGGCUCGUUGGCUGCUGCGCCACAAUACGGGAGAGCCGCUGCGGCCUGGCUGCUUUUGUGAUCAUUCUACUGCUGGUGUUUGUCACUGAAGUGGUUGUGGUUGUUCUCGGUUAUAUUUACAGAGCAAAGGUGGAAGACGAGGUUGAUUCCUCCAUCCACAAGGUGUACGAUGAAUACAACGGAACGAACACAGAUGCUCCCAGCCGUGCCAUUGACUACGUACAGAGACAACUCCAUUGCUGUGGCAUUCACAACUACUCAGACUGGAGGACCACGCGUUGGUUCAAGGAGUCGAGGAACAAUAGUGUCCCGGUCAGUUGCUGCAGACCUGCUGUCGUCAACUGUACCGGCUCCCUCGCACGUCCAGGAGACCUCUACCCUGAGGGUUGCGAAGCCCUUGUUGUGAAGAAAUUAAAGGAGAUUAUGAUGUAUGUCAUCUGGGCUGCACUGACGUUUGCUUCCAUACAGAUGCUGGGCAUGCUUUGUGCCUGUGUGGUGCUUUGCAGGAGAGGUCAGGACCCUGCUUACGAGCUGCUCGUCAGUGGUGGGACUUAUGCUUAAGGAACCACACACCAUGCCCAAGGUUCAAGCCCUAUGGAUGGGUCACUUUGGGCAGCUGCCCUCUAUUCAUUCUUCAGAGUGGGAAUGGAUCACAUCGCACACAUCUGUUUAUUUAUAUGCUUCAUAAGUUGCUAUUUUAAUGUAAUUGUAAAAUACUGGUUGCCAGCGUCUCAAACCGUAUUGAAAUAUUUUUUCCGUUCAAAAAUAGUCUGGCAACACUGCCCUUGAAUAGGGCUGGGGCAGGGAGAUAUGAGGGGGCUCCUGCUGGUAAACUACUGUAUGGAACAGUUAUAUUUGGAAUAUCUUAUUUCCUCAUGUGGCAGUUUGCACUAUGUGUAGGGAAUAUUUUAUAAAUCUUUGUCAUAAGUACUGUACAUAUGAAUGAGAUUUGCUCGUGCUACUUGCUUUCAGUAAUGACACGUCCCUGCCUAUUGCCGAUGUCCAGCGUGGAGUCCAGUGAAGGACUGCAGUUUUUGUUCAGUCCAGUCACACAUGUGAACUCAGUGUCAUCCUUCAUUUCUCUUACUGUACCUACAGGAGUCACAGCUCUCUGAUAAACUUGUAUGAAGUUGAAUUUUGGGAAUAACAAAUAUGCACUACAUAUUUUAUUCGAAAAUUAGUUUUGAUUUUGCUUUUCUCUGUGAAGUUAAGUGGACUGUUAGAGAUCAGAUUUGACUUGAACCUAUGUAGCUAUGUAGAAUAACACAUGAUGUAGAACUGAAGUUUGUGUAAAUAGGUUGGAUGAUAAUUUCAGGAAAAUAUUCUGUAAAUUAAAAAUAAACUACUCUUCUAAUAUUACUUUUGGCAGUGCGACGAUUUUAAAUUUUGCCCUUUGCUACAUUUCGAAGACAAUAUUUUUUGCCGGCCGUAGCGCGCUUUUAAAACCGUUCUUUCUGUAUGGUGCCCUUCGAAAAGUCAGCUCUGUGCAAUAUGAUGAAUCUCACAGUGCCUGCUGAUGUAAUGUUUACUAGGUUUUUGCUCCUACAUAUGGUAGAAAUGAAGAAAGUUAUCUGAAGAGCAAUCUGUUAGGUUGUGCCCAUUUUCUUACCAGUAUGUUAUGAACGAACGAAGCCAGAAUCGCAGUGGUAGUGAGUUACAGGCCCCGUGUCACUGCAGAAAUGGCUCUUUUCAACAGUCCUUUGAGCGCUGUGAGCCAGGGCUCCUCGGACUGUCUGCAAAGUCACAAAAGCCCAUUGUCUGUCACAGAAACACCAGACAAUUCUUAAUCCUUAUCCUUCUCUCAGAACGGGUUAAAGGUUGCUGCUUUCCCAUGCUUUCGAACGACGGGUUUCCACUUACUGGUUCUUCAUGCAUGUACACAAUGCCCCCGCAAGAAUAAUGAACCUUGAACAGAUCUGGGGAGGUUAUCACAAAGUAAAAUGCCUCAUAUUAUAUACACAUAGUUCCAUUUUUAGAGUGCAUGAUAUAUUUUGCCACAUAUUUCUUUGAACUGACCUCUGCUGGUUAUGUUGAACUUCUUCCCUUCUAUUUCGCAGCUCAGUUAAUCUGAUUAAUGCCCCUGCUUUGUGUUAUUGGAAACCUUUGUGGGAACUGGAUCACACUGCCCUGUCACCAGACAGUUGAUCUAUGUGUGUUCUUAUUCAUGUUCCGUUUUAACAAGUAGUCCUGUAGGUUCCCUAAGCAACAACGUCUGCUUUGUGGGCUCUAAGUUUGCUGGCUGUUAUGUCUGGACACCGGAAACAUGAGUGAGUAAACUUUUAUGCAGUGAGAGCGUAGUGCUGCAGUGAUAAUCAUGGCACAAAAUAUAGACUUUUUUUAAUAGAUGAAAGCCAAACCAAAACCAGAGUUUAAAAUGCUGAAAUGCUGAAGAUUCCUGUAUUAUAAGAUGUAACAUUUAUCAACAUUUCUGAAAGAGUAGUCAUUUACAGAUUUGGUCUGAUUUAUUACUCAUUCCCUGUGAUUUGGUCACCUAAUAUCUGGUUUCACUUAUCCUGUCUGUGAUUAUUAAUACCACUUACUGUUAACUGAUUCAGAUUCUUUAAUCUGGUCUGUAGCAUCCUGCCUGCCCGGCAACAUUCAGCUCAGCGCAGUGAACUGAGGCCAAAGUGGAAAAUGGCAUCAAACAGCUUUGCAAAAGUGACUGAGACAGUGCAUUGUGGGAACCGCGUACCCACCCUCUCGGUUAUAUUUGGGCGCUCUACAGCCUUGCUUGCAUACUCAAGUGUUGUGUUUGCAUCCUCUGUUUAACACUGUUGUGCUUUAAUUUUCUAUUUAUUUAUUUAUUUAUUAGAAUGGGACAUAUAGCUUUCCUGUUCCUCAAGCCAGUCCAUACAUACUAUCAUGGUAAUUUAUGAAAUCAUUAGUUUUGAAAAUUUAUUUUUAUAUAAGCCUGGCUGUUUAUGCUCACCCUUUUCAAAAUUUCCACAAUAACUCACUCACAGACCCAGAAAACUUAAUAAAACUCUAAUACAUAUAUAAUACAACUGUACAACUGUCGAUGUAAUGCACUAAUUGUACUUUGAGAUGUGUGUCUUGAGACGUACAUUGGAGAAAAGCGCCUGCUAAAUGAAUAAAUGUAAUCGUAACGUAAAUAAAUUAGCACUGAACAUUUACAAAUUCUAAUUACAUUUGUUUAUAAUAUAGAGUAAAGGAAAAAAAAAAGAUUGAAAUAAAAAUAAAAUUCAGUGUUCUUAAAAAUGUUCAGAGGUGGAAUAGUGAGGAAGCUUUUUAUAUACCAGCCUAUAUCUGCUACUGUAACUGCAUGCAAUUAAAACCAGCUUCUGGGUCACAA